AUGGCCUUGCAAAACUGCGACCCAGCUGCUGCCAGCAUUGCUGCCCUUCGAAAAGGAGCUGAACCCUGCAGGGGCACCGCUCAGGGUCCUGUGGGCAAGCGGGUACAGCAGGAGCUGAUGACCCUCAUGAUGUCUGGUGACAAAGUAAUUUCUGCCUUCCAUGAAUCAGACUACCUGUUCAAUUGGGUAGGGACCUUCCACGUAGCAAUCGGCACUUGGCUACCCUUACAACGCACCCACAGAGAAGUUCCUCACACCUUGCUACCACCGCAGGACACCCAGGGCAACAUCUGCCUGGACAUCCUCAAGGCUAAGUGGUCUGCACUCUAUGAGGUCAGGACCAUCUUGUUCUCUAUCCAGAGCCUGCUAGGAGAACCCAACAUUGAUAGCCCUUUGAAGACACAUGCUACAGAGCUCUGA